AUGAUGAGUAGCAUACACAGCCAGUCAAGCGAUUCGCAUUUAAACGAUCAAGACCAACAUAUGGAUCUUCAACGUAAGGACGACGAACAACAACAAGCAACACAGUUUUUCAGCGAAAAGACACCCGCCAUUCAAGAAGAGGAGGAGGAAGAUACAGGGGAAGAAGAAAGAGAAUCCGAGGGCAACAGAGAGGAAACAAGCAGUGAUUCGACAUCCAAUAAUAAAGAAGAAAUUAAUUUUGUGAGUCGAAAUACAACAAAAGCCCCACGACUGCAAAAGACGAAGAGUCACCGGUCGUCGUGUAAUUCAUCAUCUUCGUCUAAUAGUAACGGCAAUGGGGUUACCAAUAAAUCUACUAUGACUUUUGAAAAGCAAAAGGUUGCGCCACCCAGGGCAAGAGCACAAUCUGCCCAAAGCGUGUUGAGUAAUUUAUCACUUAGGUCACUGUUAUUGCAGAAUAAUUUGACACAACAGCAGCCACAGCAACCUCCUGCAGGGAAUGAGAAUUACUCUGCCACAAAUUAUGGUAAUUUAAAUCAACAAAUUCAGUCACCGGCGAUGUCAUCAUCUAUGAGACGCAAAGCUCCCACAAACGUUAUGUUCAGAAGAAAUAGCUCUGAGAAUGAAAUAGGGUUGCAACUGCCGUUUACUGAUGACAAAAGAUUGGAUCUAGAUCCCAAGCACAGCCUGCGCAGAAAUUUUUCAAGAAACUCAUUGAUGAAGAGACAACAAUCCGCAAAUAUCGUAGAAACAGUUGAAAUUGAAGAUGAUGAAAGUAACGAAGAAGAAGAGGCUCAAAAUUAUCAAAUGAAUCUGCCUGAUGAUAAAAAUAUCACAGAUGAAGAUGAUGAAGUAUCUCAAAAAAAACUAACUGAGAAGGCAUUACGAAAGCUAUCGCUCUUAAAAAGAGGAAGUUUGCAAAAACGUAAAAGUGACAAUUCAAGUCAAAAUUCUGAUAAAGUAGAAAAUGUAAAUGAAAGCACUGAUAAUGAUAAUGAAACAUUUGAAAAAAUAACGAGUCAAGAAGGAUCGAUGACUCACUUGCAAUUUGGCAAUAAAAGAGUGAUUUUAGAUUCUUCUUCGUUUCUCCUUGGUAAUAAUGGCGUGCGAUCCAAUCAACAACAGAUGCAACAACAAUUUUUUCAACCCCUGCAAAAGGCAUCCUCAGAUUCAAUUCAGCAACUUAGCGUUAACACUAAUGGAAAGUCCAAGACGAACAAUAGUAAAAAAAAUUUCAAACAAAUUUGCAAUCCGAAGAAACCUCUAUAUGUGCCAGCUGUUUUGAGAGAUACUGCGGAAACAAAUAUCACUAUAGAUGAUUUAAUGAGACCAGAUUCUCCUCAGCAUACUUUAUUGAAUAAUUUUCGUGGAAAUUCAGGUUCAGGAAGUAAUCAUAAUCCAUCAUCUCAGGCAAGUGUUUAUUCGACCACAUCAUCGAUUUUAGAAACCUGUAGAAAGAAAAUAAGCUCGUUUCUGUUUCCAAACUCUGAUUUUUCAAAUUCUGAUCUACCGUAUGGUUUGAAUUCAGAAUCACCUAGAUUACCAAGGAAAGAUCAUUGGCUGCCUGAUUCCAAGCGGGCAUCUUGUCAUUAUUGUCAUAAGCUGUUCACAUUCUUCGAAAGAAAACAUCACUGCCGACAUUGUGGAGAUAUUUUUUGCGAUCAGCAUUUAUCUCAUUGGUUGUAUCUGAACUCUAAUGCAGAGUUUAUAAUCGGUGGUGGCGGUAUGGGUACUUUAUCCAAAGUUUGCGAUGGUUGUCUCGGGGACUAUGAAAAUUUAAUAAGGAAUCCAAGCUGGAGGAGCCAAAAGGAUAACAACCAACCAAAUCAAGAGGAUAGUGCAGAUUCCAAAUUUUCCUCUCGGUGUAAUAGUAAUGAGCAUAAUCCUAAUAACAUUAAUUAUAAUUAUAAUGCCAAUAAUUAUAAAAGUCAGCAAAGUCCGGAAGCUAUAAGUGUGGAUAAAAAGGACCAGAGCGACGACUCAAAAAAAGAAAAUGGUGAUAUUAUUGGGUCUGUCGUUGGGUCUGUGCCGGCUGAUUGGAAUUGGAGUAGUUUUUGA